UAAAAGCAAAAAGUCAACAUGAGCUGCACAGGGAGCAGAGAAGUCCCCAAAUUCAAUCACAAACCCUAAAUUGUUCUUCUCCCGAUUUCUGCCCAGCAAUUGCGGGAUCGCUGUGACAUUGAAACCUCAAUUUCGAGGGCUCUACGCACUUUCGCAGUGUGCUACACUUUCAGAACAAGCCCUGGUGGUUUAAAUUGGUGAAAAUGAGUAGAUAUCUAGCAAGAUAUAUGGUGUCUAGAUACUUGUCCUCUGUUUCUUCCCGUCCUCUGCACGUUUGCAUCGUUGGAAGUGGACCUGCUGGUCUCUAUACUGCUGACAAGGUAUUGAAGGCGCAUGAAGGAGCGCAUGUAGAUAUAAUCGAUCGAUUACCUACACCUUUUGGACUUGUUCGGUCUGGUGUUGCGCCUGACCAUCCUGAAACUAAGAUUGCCAUUAAUCAGUUCUCACGUGUGGCCAAACACGAGCGUUGCUCUUUUUAUGGGAAUGUAAAGCUUGGAUCAGAUUUAUUACUUUCUGAGCUGCGGGAUUUGUAUCAUGUGGUUGUACUUGCGUAUGGUGCUGAAAGUGACAAAGAUCUUGGCAUUCCAGGUGAGAGUUUGAGUGGUAUAUACUCUGCAAGAGAAUUCGUCUGGUGGUAUAAUGGGCAUCCCGACUACAGUAGUUUGAAACCUGACUUAAAAAGCUCCGACACAGCUGUCAUUCUUGGCCAGGGUAAUGUAGCACUAGAUGUCGCUCGGAUUCUAUUAAGACCGACAACAGAGUUGGCGUCAACUGAUAUUGCUAGACAUGCUUUAUCUGUGCUGGAAGAAAGUUCUAUAAGGAAGGUGUAUCUCAUCGGAAGACGGGGGCCAGUUCAAGCAGCAUUGACUGCUAAAGAGCUUCGAGAAGUUCUCGGGAUUAAGAACUUGCGGAUUCGAAUAAAGGAGACUGACUUGAGUUUAACGCCUGCUGAUGAGGAAGAAAUGAAAAAUAGUAGAGCCAGAAAGAGGAUCUAUGAAUUACUGUCCAAGGCUGCAGCAGCAGCAGCAGGAACAUCCGAAGCAGACCCUGACCAGCGAGAGCUGCACUUUGUUUUCUUCCGCCAACCUGACCGGUUCUUAGAGUCAGAUGAAAGAAAGGGGCAUGUUUCCGGUGUAAACUUGGAAAAAACCAUUCUUGAAAGUGUUGGAAGCGGAAAACAAAUUGCAGUUGGUACAGGAGAGUUUGAGGAUCUUAAUUGCAGUAUGGUGCUGAAGGCCAUUGGUUACAAGUCGGUUCCGAUCAAUGGUUUACCAUUUGAUCACAAGAAAGGUGUUGUUCCGAAUGUAAGGGGUCGAGUGGUUAGUCAGACGUCAGGAGACAUAUCACAGACUGAACCCGGCUUAUACGUAUGUGGGUGGCUCAAAAGAGGACCAGUAGGCAUUAUUGCCACAAACCUUUACUGUGCCGAAGAAACGGUUGGUAGCAUAAGCGAAGACAUUGAAGAAGGUGUUUGUAAGAGCUCAAAAGCAGGAAGCAAAGGACUGAUGGAAUUGCUGGAGAAGAGAAAAGUGAAGAAGGUAGAGUUUAGUGGGUGGGAGAAGAUUGAUGCCAAAGAAAAACAAAUGGGGAUUGAGAAAAACAAACCCAGAGAAAAAUUAGUCACAUGGGAGGAUCUUUUAGCAGCAGCAGCCAACUAGGGCCUCCUGGGCUAUAUUUUGUUUUUUUUUCAAUUAAUAAAAUUAAUGAUAGUCAAUUUUUUUUGGGUCAGAACUAAGAGAAUCAAUGAUUUAGUCUAGUAGACGAAAAAAAUAUUACUUUCCAUUUGUUUAUUUUUUUCAAAUACAAAUCCAUAUUAUUUUACAUAAUAAUGUGGUAUUAUUAUUCUGAUUAAUAUGCUAGUUAAAAGUUUAUUCUAA